AUGACGUCUCUGACUUUCACGCUGGACCCGGAUGCAAUGGUGCGUAUGCACGAUGCUUUCGUAUGCCUGGCCAAAUUCAGCGACACCGUCGCCCUUGAAGCCGAGCAAGGCCUUCUCCGAAUGAGUGCCCUUAAUUCAACCAAGACGGCAUUUGCAUCUUUUGUGCUUGACAAAGAGGAAUUUUUCCAGGAGUACGAUUUCAGCGUCAGCAAAACCAGUGGCUUUUCGUUCCACAGUGAAGACGGUGAUCGGUUUUAUUGUCAAAUAAUGAUUAAGGUAUUCUUGAUCUUCGGCAUAGCGUGUCUGUUUGCUAACCUUGAAAUCCAGGCACUACUUUCCGUUUUUCAUGGGAGAGUCGAUAAAGGAAAAGAGACAGCGAUAGAAGUCUGCUAUGCAGAGCUUCAUGAGGACCCUGACGAGACAGAAUGUCGACUGAACUUUAGGAUGAUCUGCGACAUGGGUGUGAUUAAAUCAUACAGGCUUACCUAUGAGCCGGCUUCCAUUCAGCAUGCCAUGUUUGAUCACACAAAUGCAACGAAUACGUGGUCUGCGAGUCCUUUACACCUGAAGCAGAUUCUCGAACAUUUCACUGCAUCUGCGGAACAGCUAGAUCUGUGCGGCGAUAUGGACCAGGCUAACUUUACGAGCAUCACGAAGAGAAUUACAAUCUCAGAGGGAGAAGAACUUCUCAAAACUCCGGUAAACACAAUUGUCGCUGCUACGAAGAUAGAUUUUGAAGAAUGGUCCGUUGAAGACAACAUGCAUGUGGCCAUAAAUUUGAAAGACUUCAAAGCACUGGUUGCUCAUGCCGAAACGGGAAUGGCCACAGUAAAGGCGCAGUAUACCAGACCUUGCAAGCCAAUGCAGCUGUCGUACGAAAUACCCGGCAUCAAAGCAAAAUUCACCCUUAUGACUCGCGGCGAAGCAGACGACGAUACGCCAGAAUCACAAAAGGCGCCAAGGCCGCACGUCGUCAAUCGAGCGCCCCGUGGUCAUGUACCUACAAAUGCCAGAGAUUCAAUGGCCCCAUUUAUUCCGUAUCGUCCUUCGGUGCAUGACAGGCCGGAGUAUAUAGCGAAGAUGGCGGCAUGGAACGCGGCACAGAAUGCAACACAGAAUACGGCACAGAAUGCUGCACAGAAUACGACACAGAAUACACCGAUGCCGCCCCCGUCGGCGCGGAAUAGGCCUCUACGUCCGCUUCAAGGGUCCUCGACACAGGAUCACCUUUCUCGCAAUUCCACCUGGGAAAAACCCUCAGCAUCUGCAUCAGAACCAGAGUUUGAUAGCCUCUUUGUGACACAAGACGAUAAUCAAUGGGAUGAUAUAACUCCCAAGGAAGAGCCGCAAGAUAUUCUUGGGUGGGAUGCAACAGGUCAGGUACCAAUCCAAGGAAUCCUCCGUGACGCAGAGCCAGAUUUCCCGAUGCCCGUACGACGAAAGCGGGCUGCACAGGAUGAUAUGGGGAUUCCGCCAACGCAACGCAUGUCGCAGGUUCGCCGCAUGGGUCUCUUCGAAUAG